ACUGUUAAAUAAGUGACACACAGUUGUCUCCAGGAGAAAUGCUGAGGCGGGUGGUGACGCAGCACGUGGACGAGGUCGUGGACGAGGCGUUUGGGCUGUUGGACACGUUGACAGCGGCGUAUGAGGACAUCGUUUCUCAAUUAGGAGAACAUGAGCUACACACAUCAGAUGUCCAGCAGCAGUUGGUGAUGAAACAAGAGGUUCCCCCUGAACAGCAGGACUGGAGCUCCAGUCUGGACCAGGAGGACCCAGAGCCUCCAAACAUUAAAGAGGAGCAGGAGGACCAGGAGAACCCAGAGCCUCCACACAUUAAAGAGGAGCAGGAGGACCAGGAGAACCCAGAGCCUCCAAACAUUAAAGAGGAGCAGGAGGACCAGGAGGACCCAGAGCCUCCACACAUUAAAGAGGAGCAAGAGGAGCAGGAGGACCAGGAGGACCCAGAGCCUCCACACAUUAAAGAGGAGCAGGAUGAACUCAGGAUCAGUCAGGAGGGAGAGCAGCUUCAAAAGCUGGAGGAGGCUGGAAUCAAGUUCUCAUUCACCCCUGUAAAGAGUCAAUAUGAUGAUGAGGAAGCUCAGCUCUCAAAGUCCAUAAAAACUGACAAAAGAGAGGCAGAACAUUUGAAAACAGAAGCAGACGGAGAGGAAGUCAGAUCCAGAUCAGAUCCAGAGAGUCCUUUACAACCAACUGCUGAUGAGACGUCACAAUCCUCUGAAUGUGAGACUGAUAACAGUGAAGAUUGGAAGGAGACUCAGGAACCUCAGUCACGUUUAAACCCUUUGGAAAGCAAUGAAGUCCCUGUAGGUGACAUGGACUGUGGGACUGGAAACGCAUCAAUUAGCUCUUCUCAAUAUGCUGGAAGCUUUGGCCAAAAGAGACAUCCGAAGAGACACUCUGGAGCCACAACAGGAGUGACCAGUUCUUCAGUUUGUGGAGAAAUGCUGAGGCGGGUGGUGACGCAGCACGUGGACGAGGUCGUGGACGAGGCGUUUGGGCUGUUGGACACGUUGACAGCGGCGUAUGAGGACAUCGUUUCUCAAUUAGGAGAACAUGAGCUACACACAUCAGGGAGGAACUUUAAACACCUCACGGUCCUCGAGUCAAACUGGUGA